AUGGACCGAAGAUGUUUCGCAAUUCUCUACCACUUACUAAGGACCGUUGCUGGACUAACGUUGACAGAAGUCGUCGAUGUUGAGGAGAUGGUAGCAAUGUUCCUCCAUAUUGUUGUGCACGACGUGAAAAAUCGUGUCAUUCAACGGAAGUUCAUGCGGUCAGGACCAGCUGCAGACUCACGCAUCCUCCGUGAUGCCAUUUCAAGACCUAAUGGCCUGAAGGUGCCCAAGGAUGAUAUCCUAUGGCAUUAUACAUAUGAAUGCAAUUUUGCAAUUAACAGCUGCGACAUUUUAAUCGUGCAAUGUGAUCAUAAGAAAUGGCGUGGCACUGAAAAUGCACCUUCAACGUCGAAAGAGUUCUUCAAUAUGAAGCAUUCGUCUGCUCGUAAUGUAAUCAAAAGAGAAUUUGGUGUCUUGAAGGGUCGAUGGACGAUACUGCGGGGAAAGUCAUACUACCCUGUAGAAGUCCAAUGUCGCACAAUACUCGCAUGUUGUCUCCUCCACAACCUUAUCAAUAGAGAGAUGACAAACUUUGAUAUAGAAGACAACAUAGAUGAGGUUGAUUCCACCCACUCGACUACUGCCGCCGAUGACAUACAUUACAUAGAGACGUCCAAUGAGUGGACUCAAUGGAGAGACGACCUUGCAGAAGAAAUGUUUACUGAUUGGGAGUUGCAUAACCAGUAG